CGACCUUCUUCAGAUCGACGAGAACGACUCACCGACGAUCACGCAGUUUCUUCCAGACAAAGAAUAAUUAUAGUUGAAUUACCGUUCUGAAUAUUUAAGGAAGAUUUCCGGAUCAGAGUGCAAAAUCUUUAUAAACUCUCAAGAUGUCCACGAACCAAUUGAACGUGCUUGUGAGCCUGAUGAUCAUCCCUUUUUUUGUGCUUGAAUUAACUAAUGGGGUAGAAGUGCCCCAAAUUCGAGCAGAAGUGCCCCAAAGAUAUUGUGGCGAGAAGCUAUCUAAUGCUCUAUCAAUAGUAUGUGAAGGAAAAUAUAAUUCCCCUAAUCAUAAUAGAGAGUAUCAAAAUGAUGAACCGAUACAUAAUAAUUUAACUAUUGCACAGCAUCAUGUUAAAGGUUAUUCUGAGUGCUACAGCCCUUUUCAGCGAGCCCUCCGAGCAAGGGCACAAAAAAUGAACAAGACUUACAAAGGAAGAUGUAAUCAAAAAAAACGCCAGAAAAGAGACAUCACCGACGAAUGUUGCGCAAAAAAAUGCAAUACAAGCGUUCCGAACAUGCACUUAGGCAUGUUCUGCGCACAUAUUGCGCAGAACAUGCCUAAGUGCAUGUUCGGAAAUCAGUAAUCGUUCGAACUCCGCUUUACCCCUCGAUGCCAUGCAACCGAAUAAACCCAGGCAUAAGUGCAUAUAUCCAUAUACUCAUACACACAUACAUUACAUAUGUACAAUACACGUUCGGAAAGUUUACUAGUUGCAUCAUGACUCAUGCUGGGGACUAAUUUCAUAAUAAUAUUAUAAUUAUGUAUUAUAUUUACGUAAUUUUUUGCGAAGAAACUGAUUCUCUUGACGUAUGAUCGUAUGCGUGAUUCUUUUGUUCGUGAUCUCCUUCCGAAAGACGAAAGGGCAGCGAAGAGAAGGCAAAACUUAAGAAAAUGAAAGAAAUGUAAUCUUAAAAAAAUGAGAUAUAAAAACAUCAGAAUUCUUAUGCUCUUUAAAUUAAUCGUUAUAAUAUUG